AUGUCUAGCUUCUUCAUCGAGAACAAGAACGUCGGCAACAAGGCCGAGAGCGAAGAUUGGAGAAUUCGCGGCUACAACCCGCUGACGUCGCCCGAUCUUCUCCAGCACGAGAUUGCCCAAACACCCAAGUCGAAGCAAACCGUGAUUGAGGGUCGCGAUGAAUCCGUCGCUAUCGUCAAUGGCACCGAUAAGAAGGAAAGAUUGCUGGUCAUCAUCGGCCCAUGCUCUAUCCACGACCCCAAAGCUGCUCUCGAGUACUGCGAUAUGUUGUUGCAAGAAAAGGAGAAGCAUAAGGACGAGCUCCUCAUCGUGAUGCGCUCCUACCUUGAGAAGCCCCGCACAACAGUUGGAUGGAAGGGACUCAUCAACGAUCCGGAUAUCGACAACAGCUUCAAGAUUAACAAGGGCCUGCGCCUCUCCAGGCAACUCUUCGUUGACCUCACCGACAAGGGCAUGCCCAUUGCCAGCGAGAUGCUUGAUACCAUCUCGCCCCAGUUCCUUGCUGAUCUGCUGUCCGUCGGCGCAGUUGGCGCCAGGACCACCGAGAGCCAGUUGCACCGAGAGCUGGCAAGUGGUCUCAGUUUCCCCGUUGGCUUCAAGAACGGCACUGACGGCUCGCUCGGUGUCUCGAUUGAUGCCAUUGGCGCUGUCAGGCAUCCUCACCACUUCCUUUCUGUUACCAAACCCGGUGUCGUGGCCGUUGUCGGUACGCUGGGCAAUGAGGACUGCUUCACGAUUCUCAGAGGCGGUACUCGAGGCACCAACUACGAUGCCAAGAAUAUCGCAGAGGCGAAGGCUGCACUGGAGAAGGCCGGUCUUCCACAAAGACUAAUGGUCGAUUGCAGCCAUGGCAACUCUUUGAAGAAUCACAAGAACCAGCCCAAAGUUGCUGCCGACCUCGCCGGCCAGAUUGCCGGUGGCGAGACUGGCAUUAUGGGUGUCAUGAUUGAGAGCAACAUCAAUGAGGGCAACCAAAAGGUGCCGAAGGAGGGCAAGGAGGGCCUGAAGUACGGCGUCAGCAUCACAGACGCAUGCAUCCACUGGGACGACACCGUAUCUGUCCUUGAUCAGUUGGCCGACGCAGUAAAGCAGCGCCGCGAGGUCCUCGCGAAGUCCUGA